AUGCCGCGCCGCAAGGUUUUCGACAAGAAGACGGCGCAGAACUUCCAGCUCGUCUACCGCGCCCAAAAUGACCCCCGCAUCCAUGACCCCAACGCCCCGGACAUGGUCUUCGCCGAGAGGGCGGCGCCCAACUCAAACAAGAACCGCCACAACAACAACAACAACAACAACAAUGCCGCCGGCGAGGGCAGCGUGCGCGGCGGCAAGAUCAAGUCGCGCCACGACCUCGAGGGCGAGUUCGGCGGGCGGGUGCGCCCCAACGAGGGCGAGGCCGCCAACUACGGCAUCUUCUACGACGACUCCGAGUACGACUACAUGCAGCACUUGCGCGACCUCGGCGCCAGCAGCGGCGCCACGUACAUCCCCGCCAGGGACGCGGAAGCCGAGCGGCGCAAGGGCAAGGGCAAGAUGAAGCUGGAGGACAUGCUCGCCGGGAUGGGCGUGGACGACGACGGCGAGAGCGACGCCGGCGUGAGCACGUCGAGCGCGGCGAGCGCGAGCAGCGCGGCCGAGCUGUUCGGCGAGGAUCUGGCGCCGUCCGAGUUUUAUCGGAAGGGCAGCUAUCAGGACCAGCAGGAUGUUCCCGACGCCAUUGCCGGGUUCCAGCCGGACAUGGAUCCGCGGCUGCGAGAGGUCUUGGAGGCGCUGGAGGACGAGGCGUACGUCGAGGACGAGGAUGACAUUUUCAACGAGCUGGCGAAGGAUACGAAAGAGGUGGAUCAGCAGAGCUGGGAGAUGAUGGGAGACUUCGUGGACGAUGAGGACGACGGCUGGGCCACGGACGACACGGUCAAAGCGGACAACAGGACCAGUUUCGAGGCACCUUCUCCGACGGGUGCAGUGUCCGAAGAGGGCGUCAAGCUGCCACCAGCCGAGGGGCCUGCCGGCGAAGAAGGCGAGGACCAUGGGGAUGGUGACUGGAUGGCUGAGUUCAGCAAGUUCAAGAAGGACGCCAAAGCCCAGAAGAUCCAGAAGAAGGCCGGUGCUCCCUCUGAUCUGCAGUCUUUCGUCACUGGUGCUUCUUCGGUGACGGGUGGCCGGCAGAAGAAGAGGAAGGGUGCUCUCACGUCCACCUCCAACUACAGUAUGACCUCUUCCGCCCUGCAACGCACCGAUCAAUUGUCGCUUCUGGACGAGCGUUUCGAAAAGUAUGAGCAGGAUUACGCCGAUGAUGGCUAUGGCGGCGAUGACAACAUGUCUAUGAUGUCGGGCAUGACUGGUAUGUCUGGCAUGUCCGGUCUUUCUGUAUACAGCAAGGCAUCGACCUCAAGCCAAGCACCCGGACUGAGGAGCGACUUUGACUCUAUCCUGGACGAGUUCUCAUCAAAGAACGGCCACAUCAAGAGGGGAAAGAAGCACGACGGAUACAAGGAUGGCCUGGCCCAGCUGGACGAGGUCAGAAAAGGACUGGGACCUGCGAGAUUGAAGCAGGGCUCAAGGGCUCGUUAA